AUGGUAAGAGAUCCAAAGGGAAAGGGGUACCAUAGUGAGGGAGAGGACGGUAUUCAGAACAAAGAGGUCCCUCCUGGGUCUGGGAUGGCAGGCCCAUGGCUGCCUUGGCCACAGCAGAUAAGUGCCACUGACCUCAUUAAGCGCUCCCCUGGCAGCGCUGGAGCUACCCAGACUGGGCAGACAGAUUGCACGCAGGCUGCCUUCCGACAGUGCUUGAUCUGCAGCUUCCGUGGCUCCGUGCCUCAGAGCCUAACGCUGGAGAUUGGAGAGACGGUCCAAAUACUGGAAAAGUGUGAAGGCUGGUACAGAGGGUUCUCCACCAAGAAGCCCGCAAUCAAGGGAAUCUUCCCUGCCAGCUAUGUUCACUUGAAGAAGGCUGUCGUCACCAACAGAGGGCAGUAUGAGACGGUUGCGCCCCUGGAAGACCCCAUUGUGACAGAGGUCACAUCCACUCUGCAGGAAUGGGCAGUGCUGUGGAAGCAGCUGUAUGUGAAGCACAAAGUGGACCUCUUCUAUAAGCUGCGUCACGUGAUGAACGAACUGAUUGACCUUAGGCGACAGAUGCUAUCUGGGCACCUGACCCAGGAUCAGAUCCGGGAUGUCAAGCGUCACGUUACUGUCCGUCUGGACUGGGGCAAUGAGCACCUAGGCCUGGACCUCGUUCCAAGGAAGGAGUUUGAGAUGGUCGAUGCAGACCAGAUCAGCGUCUCAGACCUCUAUAAAAUGCACCUGUCCAGCAGGCACAGUGUCCAGCAGAGCACAUCCCAGGGGGACAGCGUGCGACAGCGACAUGGUGAGACGUGUCGUAUUCCUGUACCACACCACCUCUUUGUGAACCUCAAGAGCUUCACAUAUAACACCAUCGGGGAAGAUACGGACAUUUUCUUCUCUCUUUAUGACCUGAGAGAGGGAAAACAGAUCAGUGAGAAGUUUAUGGUGAGACUCAACAAGAACGGUGGGCCAAAGAAUCCUGAAAAGGUUGACAGACUGUGUGCUCUCUUCACGGAUUUGAGCAAUAAAGACAUGAAGAGAGAUCUGUACAUUGUUUCCCAUGUCAUCAGGACUGGUCGGAUGCUGCUGAAUGACUCGAAGAAAGGCCCGCCUCAUGUGCAGUACAGACGGCCCUAUGGAUGUGCAGUCUUGGCCAUGAGUGAUGUUCUUCAGACCAUCUCCGAGCUCAAAGAGGAAAAGGACUUUGUGCUCAAAGUUUACACCUGUAAUAAUGAGAGUGAGUGGUAUCAGGUCCACGAGAACAUCAUUCGGAAGUCCAGCACCAAAUACACUGCCCCCAGCACCAACUAUGGUUUGAUUAUUUCCCUUCAGCUACUGAGAGGAGAGAUGGAACAGAUCCGCAGAGAAAACCCUAUGAUCUUCAAUCGGGGUGUGGCCAUCACACGCAAAUUAGGUUUUCCUGAUGUCAUUAUGCCAGGUGAUAUACGGAAUGACCUGUACCUCACACUGGAAAGAGGAGACUUUGAAAGAGGAGGAAAAAGUGUCCAGAAAAAUAUCGAAAUUACCAUGUAUGUGAUAUACGCUGAUGGAGAAAUUCUCAAAGACUGUAUCAGUCUUGGCUCUGGAGAGCCUAACAUCAGCGAGUAUCGUUCUUUUGUGCUCUACCACAACAACAGCCCACGCUGGAGUGAAGUCAUAAAGCUGCCCAUACCUAUCGACCGAUUCCGUGGCUCACACCUGCGCUUUGAGUUUAGACACUGCUCGACGAAAGACAAAGGAGAAAAGAAGCUGUUUGGCUUUGCUUUCACUCCUCUAAUGAGAGAGGAUGGAACGACUCUGUCAGAUGAGAGCCAUGAACUCUACGUUUACAAGUGCGACGAGAACACAACCUUCAGUAACCAUGCGUUGUACCUGGGCCUGCCCUGCUGCAAAGAUGACUUUAACGGCUGCCCUAACAUCCCGUCCAGUCUCAUCUUCCAACGCAGCCCCAAGGAGAACCUCUGGCUCUCCACCCAGCUCUCCUCUACUAAACUCACACAGAACGUGGACCUGUUAGCCCUGCUGAAGUGGAAGGCCCAUCCAGAGCGCGUGAUGGACAUCCUUGGUAGACUGCGUCAUGUCAGUGGAGAGGAGAUAGUGAAGUUUCUUCAAGAUAUCCUUGACACGCUGUUUUCCAUUCUGGAUGACAACACUGACAAAUACGGCCCUUUGGUGUUCCAGUCUCUGGUGUUCAUCAUUAAUCUGCUCCGUGACAGCAAAUACUAUCAUUUCCGGCCAGUGAUGGACACAUACAUUCAGAAGCACUUUGCCGGAGCGUUGGCUUACAAAGAGCUGAUCCGUUGUCUGAAAUGGUACAUGGAUCGUUCGGCAGAGGCUGUCCGACAGGACCACAUUCAGGAGGCAAUGAGGGCGUUGGAGUACCUGUUCAAGUUUAUUGUGCAGUCACGAAUUCUGUAUUCAAGAGCGACCUGUGGCAUGGAGGAGGAACAGUUUCGGACCAGCAUCCAGGAGCUAUUCCAGUCCAUCCGUUUCGUACUCAGCCUGGACAGUCGCAGCUCCGAGACCCUUAUCUUCACGCAGGGCCCUCAGCCUGCCCCCGGAGCACCCGCAGGUCUUGCCAGCUGUAUGCAGCCCUGGAGCUCGAGCGCUCCUCGGCCGUCUCCUCUCUCCGCUGCACUGCUCAAUUCUUUCCCUGCCAUCUUUGAUGAGCUGCUUCAGAUGUUUACGGUGCAGGAGGUGGCUGAGUUUGUGAGGGGUACUCUGGGUAGCAUGCCCAGUACUGUCCACAUAGGCCAGUCUAUGGAUGUAGUCAAACUGCAGUCCAUUGCCCGCACAGUGGAUAGCAGGUUAUUUUCUUUCCCAGAGUCUCGCAGGAUCCUGCUUCCUGUGGUGCUGCAUCACAUCCACCUGCACCUGCGGCAGCAGAAAGAGCUACUCAUCUGUUCAGGCAUCCUCAGCAGUAUCUUCUCCAUCAUCAAGGCCAGCUCACUGGAGAGCUCCGUACAGGAGGAGGUGGAGAUGAUGGUGGAGAGCCUGUUGGAUGUGCUACUGCAGACACUGCUGGCCAUCAUGAGCAAGUCCCAAUCUCAGGAGGCGGUAAGAGGCCAGCGCUGCCCACAGUGCACGGCUGAGAUCACUGGAGAGUAUGUAUCCUGCCUCCUGUCUCUUUUACGUCAGAUGUCAGAUAUCCACUUCCAACAUCUGCUGGAUAACUUCCAGAGCAAAGAAGAGCUUAAGGAGUUCCUGCUGAAGAUUUUCUGUGUGUUCCGUAAUUUGAUGAAGCUCAGUAUAUUCCCUCGAGACUGGAAUGUUAUGAGACUUCUCACAAGCAACAUCAUUGUAACAACUGCCCAGUAUCUCUCUCCUGCUCUGCACAAGAACUUCACGGAUGCUGACUUUGACUUUAAGGUUUGGAACUCGUACUUCAGUCUGGCUGUGCUUUUCAUCAACCAGCCCAGUCUACAGCUGGAGAACCUAACCCCAGCUAAACGAAAGAAAGUACUAGACAAGUAUGGUGAUAUGAGAGUCAUGAUGGCUUAUGAACUCUUCAGCAUGUGGCAGAAUCUUGGUGAGAAUAAAAUCCACUUCAUCCCGGGAAUGAUUGGGCCAUUCCUGGGCGUGACGCUGGUACCUCAGGCUGAGGUCAGGAAUAUCAUGAUUCCUAUCUUCCACGACAUGAUGGACUGGGAGCAGCGCAAGAAUGGCAACUUCAAACAGGUUGAAGCAGAACUGAUAGAUAAACUGGAUAGUCUUGUAUCAGAGGGCAAAGGAGAUGAGAACUACAGAGAGCUAUUCAGCCUCCUCACCCAGCUUUUUGGGCCUUAUCCCAGCCUACUAGAGAAGAUUGAACAGGAGACGUGGAGGGAAACGGGCAUUUCAUUCGUCACCUCCGUCACCCGUCUGAUGGAGCGGCUGCUGGACUACAGAGACUGCAUGAAGGGAGAUGAGACAGAGAACAAGAAAAUUGGUUGCACCGUCAACCUGCUGAAUUUUUACAAGUCAGAGAUCAACAAAGAGGAGAUGUACAUCCGUUACAUCCACAAGCUAUGUGACAUGCACCUCCAGGCAGAGAACUACACAGAGGCUGCUUUCACUCUGCUGCUGUAUUGGGAGUUACUGCAGUGGGAGGAGAGACCCCUGCGAGAAUUCCUCCAUUACCCAGCACAGAGCGAGUGGCAUCGCAAAGAAGGCCUCUGUCGCAAAGUCAUCCACUACUUCAACAAGGGCAAGUGUUGGGAGUAUGGCAUUCCACUGUGCCGAGAGCUCGCCUUCCAGUACGAGUCCCUGUACGACUACCAAAGUCUGAGCUGGAUAAGGAAAAUGGAAGCUGCAUACUAUGACAACAUUAUGGAGCAACAGAGACUGGAGCCAGAGUUUUUCAGAGUUGGCUUUUAUGGCCGAAAGUUUCCCUUCUUUCUCAGAAACAAGGAGUUUGUUUGCCGGGGGCAUGACUAUGAGAGGCUUGAAGCCUUUCAGCAAAGGAUGCUGGGAGAAUUCCCACAAGCCAUUGCCAUGCAGCAUCCCAAUCUGCCUGACGAGGCUAUUUUACAGUGUGACGCUCAGUACCUACAGAUUUAUGCUGUAACUCCAGUGCCAGAAAACGUCGAUGUGCUUCAGAUGGACCGUGUGCCUGAUCGCAUCAAGAGCUUUUACCGAGUCAACAACGUACGGCGCUUCCGCUACGACAGACCCUUCCACAAGGGACCCAAAGACAAAGAGAAUGAGUUCAAGAGCCUCUGGAUUGAGAGGACCACACUCAUCCUCACACACCCUCUUCCUGGUAUCUCACGCUGGUUUGAAGUGGAAAAGAGAGAGUUGGUGGAGGUUAGCCCAUUGGAGAAUGCCAUCCAUGUGGUGGAGAAUAAGAAUCACGAACUACGCACUCUGAUCAGUCAGUAUCAGCACAAACAGCUGCACGGAAACAUCAACUUGCUCAGCAUGUGUCUCAACGGGGUCAUUGACGCUGCUGUGAAUGGAGGAAUUGCCAGAUACCAGGAGGCAUUCUUUGAUAAGGAGUACAUUGGCAGUCAUCCAGAGGACACAGAAAAGAUCACUCAGCUGAAAGACCUCAUGCAGGAGCAGGUUCACAUCCUGGGUGUGGGCCUGGCUGUCCACGAGAAACUAGUCCACCCAGAGAUGCGUCCCCUUCACAAGAAACUGAUAGAUCAGUUCCAGAUGAUGAGGAGUAGUCUCUGCCACUGUUUUCAUGUGGCCCUGCAGGGUUUGCCUGGUCUGGACAAACUGAGUCCGGCCUGCUCUGGAACCAGUACCCCCAGAGGUAUCCUCACCUCUCACAGCCCAAUGAGCCCAGAGAGCAUCAAACUGAUGCACAGACACAGCCCGCUGAAUCUUCUGGCUUCUAUCCGUCACUCCUCCUCCUCACUCUCCUCUCAUACCUCCAGCGAGACGGGCAAUCUGCUCAUCCUGACUGAUGGCAUGCUGCUGGAACACCCCGAGGACCUGUACCGCAUGCAGCCUAGCCCCUCAUCCUCCAGCCUGAGCUCAACUCACUCUGCCCCAUCACAGAUGAUCAACUCAGGCCCGAACAGUAUCAGAGUAGGCUCCCCAUCGCUGCCUGACAAAUACAGACACAAUAGAGAGAUGCUUAUGCUGCUGCCUCCACACAGAGACAGGCCCAGCAGUGCCAUGUAUCCCAACAUGACUGAAAAUGGACAGCCAACCAACCUCCAGCGGGCCUUAUUCCAUCAGGUCAUUGGUCCCUGUAAACCAUGUAGUGACCCCAAUCUUUCAGUAGCGGAAAAAGUGCUUACUGCUCCCAGCAGUUGGAGUUUGGACAGUGGGACUAGAGAAGCACUGCCUUUCCUCUCUGCCCAUGUUGGGAGUGUUAUGGCACCACCGGUGCCCCCACGCAACCUACCUCCAGGGCACUUCUCGAUGCACUUUGAUGCUUUCCACCACCAGAUCAGCGACCUCCCUCCAGCUCUCCCUGCGCGCUCUUUACGAAAGUCACCCCUGCACCCUAUACCUGCCUCGCCCACCAGUCCACAGUCGGGCCUGGAUGGCAGUAAUUCCACUCUGUCGGGCAGCGCCAGCAGCGGUGUGUCCUCCUUGAGUGAGAGCAAUUUUGGCCAGUCGUCCUCUGAGCCGCCCGCCCGCACUGACACCCUGGAUUCUGUGCCUAGUCAGUCCUGGACCACUGACACAGAAGACGCAGAGACCCCCUACCUGCCUGUGCGCUACAGCAUCUCUGAGCCUGAUGUCCUGGACUCCCUCAAGCCUGCACCUUGCCGAAGUCUCUCUGCUCCUGGAGGGGUUGCACCGGGCGCCCCACAAGACGGUCAUCACCAUCCUCACCCACACCAUGGGCAUCCUCACUACCACCACCAUGAGCCGCCCCCUGCUUUGCCCCCUAAACCCUACCUGAGGGAGGGCUGCAUUCCCGAAGAGGACCUGAGGCCCCAGCCCAGACCAAUGCCCCGUAAGAUUUCCCAGCCCCUGCUCAACACCAAGGAGGAGCAGGCCAAAGUAGCAUGGGAGCAUGGCAUCAGCGAGGAGUAG